AUGUCGCCAGACGAUUUUCCUAAUGGCGUAAUUCCUCAAAACCACCUUCUUGAUUCGGCCACUGUUGCUGGAACGCGCAAAAUUGUAAGUUGGGCCGACAUUUCCCAGCAGCUGUAUUGCUUUGCUGCGGUCAUCACUAUAUUGACGGAUUUCCUUGGUGUCCCUCACGAUUCAGCCCCGGUUCAAGAAUUAACAAAGGGUCUUCUUGAUCUCAUUUCUUUUGUGGAACCGCCAAACAAUGAACCUGUUCUCUUUAAGUAUUCUGUUUUGAUGGUUCAAUGGCCAGCACUGGUUGCUGGUUUGAACGCCAUAGAACCUGAACAUGUGGCUGCGGUCGAAAGGUUCUUCAACGUGGCUGCCGAAACGGGAUCUGGAAGCGCUGGGCAUUCUUUGAAAAUGAUCAAGAGGCACUGGAAGAGACGUGAACUUGGCCUAGACGAGAGUGAGGAGGAAGUUGACGUUGUGAACUAUUAG